AUUUUACUGUGUAACUCGGCACUUAGUGUCAGCCCACUCCUGCUAAGUCCUCACUGGCUAGCAGAGGUGCCUUAAAACUUAACUUUUGUCCAGGAAAUGCUGUGUUGGGAAGAAAAGUGUGUCAUUCCUGUAGUGCUCAUGUGAGGCGGAAGCGAGUUAAAACUGUGCAGUGAAACUGCCCGCUGCACACGUACCGGCAUUUAACAACUUCACAGCAUCUCCAAGGACUGUCUGUCCUCCCGGGUAGGAGCUAAACCAGGGAUUACCAUCAUAACCGGUGUGUGUGACAGAGCUAGGACACGACCGGACUGCUACACAAGUACACACUAUUCAUUCCAAUGAAGACAAAUUCAUGAACUAGAGAGCGCACUUUGACAUUAAAGUAAGGGAAAAUAUUCAUAAAAUAACUUGGAAGAGAAGUAUAACCAGUCUGGACAUAAGUUUCUAAAAAUCAGCACUUACAAGAGACAUCAUCAGCAGACAGCCAGAGCAUUUUAGCCGUGAUUACCAGAUCCUUCUCAUAAACACUUGUUAAGAUGCCACCAGCUAUUGGAGGUCCAGUGGGAUACACCCCCCCAGAAGGAGGCUGGGGGUGGGUCGUGGUCGUUGGAGCUUUCAUCUCUAUCGGUUUCUCCUAUGCCUUUCCAAAGUCCAUCACUGUCUUCUUCAAGGAGAUUGAGGUCAUUUUCAACGCAACAAGCAGUGAGGUGUCUUGGAUUUCAUCGAUUAUGCUGGCUGUCAUGUAUGCAGGAGGUCCCAUCAGCAGUAUUCUUGUUAACAAAUAUGGCAGUCGGCCAAUCAUGAUUGCUGGAGGAUGUCUUUCUGGGAGUGGCUUGAUCGCAGCCUCCUUCUGUAAUACAGUACAAGAGCUGUACUUUUGCAUAGGGGUUAUUGGAGGUCUGGGAUUGGCAUUUAACUUAAAUCCAGCUUUGACAAUGAUUGGCAAAUAUUUUUACAAAAAGCGGCCAAUUGCCAAUGGACUUGCAAUGGCAGGAAGCCCAGUUUUUCUGUCUACACUGGCACCCUUGAAUCAGUACCUAUAUGACACCUUCAGCUGGAGGGGAAGCUUCCUAAUUUUGGGGGGCCUUCUGUUGAACUGCUGUGUUGCAGGGUCUCUAAUGAGACCUAUUGGUCCAAAACCACAGAAAGAAACAAAAGAUUCAGAAAAGGGACAAAAAGGAGAAAAGAAAGACAAUGGUGCUGGGGAUGCAACUACAGAUUUAAUCUCAGGGAAACCAAAAGAAAAAAAGUCAUGCCUCCAGACUGUUUCAAAAUUCCUGGACAUAACUCUUUUUACACACAGAGGUUUUCUACUGUAUCUUUUGGGCAACGUUGUUAUGUUUUUUGGAUUGUUUACUCCAUUAGUCUUUCUCAGUAAUUAUGCCAAGAGCAAAAAAAUCCCCAAUGAGUCUGCUGCUUUCCUGCUUUCAAUCUUGGCUUUCGUAGACAUGGUGGCAAGGCCGUCUAUGGGACUUGUGGCUAAUACUAAGUUUGUAAGACCAAGAAUCCAGUACUACUUUGCCCUCUCCAUCCUGUAUAAUGGAGUAUGCCACUUGUUCGCUCCCCUCUCAACCAACUAUGUUGGCUUUUGUAUCUAUGCUGGCUUCUUUGGAUUUGCAUUUGGGUGGCUGAGCUCUGUACUGUUUGAAACACUAAUGGACUUGGUUGGAGCACAAAGAUUUUCCAGUGCAGUGGGAUUAGUAACAAUUAUAGAAUGCGGCCCAGUGCUUUUGGGACCUCCAUUAUUAGGCAAACUGAAUGAUAUAUACCAUGAUUACAAAUACACGUACUACGCUUGUGGCAUUAUUCUGAUCAUUGGCAGUUUAUUCCUGUUUGUUGGAAUGGCCAUUCACUAUAGAAUGGUGGACAAAGAAAGAAAAGCAGAAGAAAGAGAGAAAAAGAGCCAUGAUGGAAUCGAGGAACAGAAGGAGCCAAACAAGGAACUGACUAUGAAACCACAAAAUACUCCUGAUGAUGAUGAUGAUGUAAAAGUAGAUGAGAGUCAGAUAUAAAUGCUAAGAAACAAUUUUAACUGGGUUGGUACAGAUAUGCAUGGUGAUUAAUGGUUCUCCACAGAUUCUCAGCUGUACCUUUUAAAUGCCUUGGUACAAAGAAAGAUAUUUCCAUGUAGGAGAGCAUAUUUUUCACCUCACAGACAACCCUGAAAUGUAAGCUGCAAUGAUCCUUAGUUUUUUAUGGUGUCCAAAACAUAAACCUGGUAUGAAUACUGAAGAAGCAAAUGUCCGUGCACUGUAGUAUGCUGGUUUUCAAUGACUGGCUUAGUGCCUUAAUUUUAGGAAUCACUGAGUUCUAAAAUUGUAUUUUUUUUGUGUUUGUGAGAUAAUGAAUAAGGUUAUUCAUUCAUUUUUUUAAACUUGUUCUAACUUAGAAAGUUAAUGGUCAGAGUUUUUGUUUUAAUUACCUUGUCAAUGACCAUUCCAUUUGGUAUCCAAUGCCGCAAGUGAAAAUAGAUGCGGGGUUACUGCAGCAAAGUUUUAUGACAUUAGAACUAUUUUUUAUAUAUUUUUAAUUAUAAAAAGAUUAGAUGACACUUCUAGUUUCGUGCAGUUUCAUGUAAUGCAGUUUGUUUUCGGUUGCAGACAUGUUGCCUUUGUAAAGUAGUUGGUAAUUAAUUUGUAACUUCCUGUUGUCACAAGCUAUAGUUUAUUCUUUUGGUACUCCUAAGUGUUUAAUUAUUUGUGUAAAUGCUUUUAAGAACCAGUUACAUUUGCCUUGUGUGAAGGUUAUCAGAAACAAACUUCAUUUAAUUCUAACUUAGUGCCAUAUCAUUUCAUAAUUUUUUAUUUCUAAGCAGAUUCUUUUGCUUUAAUGGAAGAAUCACCUAUUUAAAUAUGUCCGAAUUGUAAAUACUACUAAAAUGCACCUGCUGUACCUCCUUUGAUUUUAGAAUAGGAUUUAAUCAAAUAUGGCAGAAUUCUGUACUUUCCAAGCAGCUUUGCUUGAGAGUAUGCGUUUUCAUGCUUCAGCCAGGUGAUAACUGAACUGAACAGAAGUCAAAGUGAGUUAAUUCAGCAUUUUACUACUUUUAUUUGUUUAAAUGGUUUUAUUAAUUGAUGUGAACUGAAGAGAACAUUUGAACAAAAACACUUUUUUAGAACUACAUAAGUAAAAAAGUUCUCAUUGUUUAGACUUUAAAAAGUUGUACUAUGAUAUGCAGAGUUACAGCAGACUCGGGAAGAAACUUAGAAAACAAGUUUGAAAAGUGUUAGCUUUGGCUGCCCAGUGGCUGUAGCAUUGUGUUUUAAAUUCUAUAUGUGGUAAUCCUUAUAUAUAAAAGUAUGAAACUUA